AGUAAAAUAGGUACUCCAUUAAAUUUUAUUUUUGAUAAAGAAUAGCUACUCCGAUCCAUUUUAUUAGUUCACACUGGCUUUAAUACGUCGCUCUCUUUGAUCACCCCAAUCUUAUCUUGUAAGCAUGUUGACCUGUAUACCCUUAUUCAAACAGCACACGUGGAGGGUCAGAACAGUCAUUCACUGGAACUACACUAUUUAUUCCCCCGCCAGCCCAUUCCCCAUCAACGUGCAUGCUAUUGCUCGCAUCACAUGCAAACCUCUGUCACACAACCCAACUAGCUAGGCUCCUCCAAGUUUUAGAGAGAGAGAGAGAGAAAGAGAGGUGGCGGCGAUGGCCUUGUACGCAUUAUUAGCCAUACUACUAUUCUCCCUAACCCUCCCAUCCAAUGCGUGCCUGCCCGCCGACCGGGCAGCUCUCCUGGCCUUCAAGGCUGCCCUACAAGAGCCCCACUUAGGCAUCUUCAACUCGUGGACGGGCAGCAACUGCUGCCACCGCUGGUACGGCGUCAGCUGCGACCCGGAGACUCACCUCGUCGCCGACAUCAACCUCCGCGGCGAGUCCGAGGAUCCCAUCUUCCAGAAGGCCAACCGCACAGGCUACAUGAGCGGCUACAUCUCCCCCGCCAUCUGCCAGCUCACCCGCCUCUCCAGCCUCACCAUCGCCGACUGGAAGGGCAUCUCCGGCCCCAUCCCCCCCUGCAUCGCCUCCCUCCCCUUCCUCCGAAUCCUCGACCUCAUCGGCAACAAGAUCUCCGGCCAGAUCCCCGCCGACAUCGGCCGCCUCACCCGCCUCACCGUGCUCAACGUCGCCGACAACCAGCUCUCCGGCACCAUCCCCCGCUCGCUCACCAACCUCUCCUCGCUCAUGCAUCUCGACAUCCGCGGCAACCAAAUCUCCGGCACCAUCCCCAGGAAUUUCGGGAAAUUGAGGAUGCUGAGCCGGGCCUUGCUCAGCAAGAACAAGCUCAGCGGCCCCAUUCCGCUCUCCAUCUCCUACAUCUACCGCCUCUCCGAUUUGGAUCUAUCUCUCAACCAGCUCUCCGGCCCGAUCCCCGCCGGUCUGGGCAAAAUGGCGGUUCUCGCCACACUGAACCUCGACGGCAACAGAAUGUCCGGCCCGAUUCCGACGACGCUGAUAAAUUCGGGAAUAAGCAUACUGAAUCUGAGCAGGAACGCGAUUGAAGGUUACAUUCCAGAGGGGUUCGGGCCGAGAUCGUACUUCACUGUGCUGGAUUUGUCUUACAAUAAUCUGAGAGGCAGAAUUCCGAAAUCGAUAUCGGCGGCGACGUUCAUCGGACACCUCGACGUCAGCCAUAACCAUCUCUGUGGGCCCAUACCGGCGGGCUCUCCGUUCGAUCAUCUCGAAGCGUCGUCGUUUGCCUACAAUGACUGCCUCUGUGGGAAGCCGCUUCGAGCUUGUUAGUUUGUUUCAAUAAUGUUUGGAUUCCAUUGCGUAUCUUGUUUCAAUAUUAUUAAAUAUAUAAUAAGUGUAUAUUUAUUAAA